AGCCAAGCGCUGCUCUUUUAUCUACACUUUUUUCUCGCACUUAAACUACGCUCUUCAGCCAACACAUCGCAACUCUAUACAAUACAACCAACACCAAGCACCCACAUUUUCACGAUAUGAAGGCGCCGAUAGCAGACACGCUGCCGCUUGACAACGCGGAAAAAGAGGAGCAGUACGUGCAUGCAGUGUACAACGAGAUAGCCACGCAUUUCAGCGAUACGCGAUUCAAGCCAUGGCCUGUUAUUGACAAAUACAUACGCAGCCUUCCCUCCGGCAGCGUGGGCGCCGACAUUGGCUGCGGCAAUGGUAAGUAUCUGGGUGUACGUACCGGCGACAUAUUCAUGAUGGGCACGGAUCGCAGCGAGUCGCUGGUGGAGAUUUGUCGCGAGCGCAGAUACGAAUGCAUGGUCAGCGAUGGCCUUGAUCUGCCAUACAGAAAUGGAGCGUUUGAUUUUGCCAUAUCCAUCGCCGUCAUCCAUCAUUUCUCGUCGGUUGACCGGCGCGUGCAGGCCGCCAGAGAGCUGCUGCGUAUUGUUUGGCCAGGCGGUACAGUUCUGGUUUUUGCUUGGGCGCUGGAGCAGAGUGGACGCCGGAAAUUCGAUCCGAACACGCAGGAUGUGCUUGUGCCGUGGGUUGUGCCUGGAUUUCGCGGUGCCAAGGGUGCUGAUGACAAUGCUGGCGACAGCGUGGAAGACCAAAGGGACAAGGUGUACCACCGCUACUACCACUUGUUUCGCAAGGGGGAGCUGGUGGCCCUCUUCGAGCAGGCCGGCGGAUGCAGCAUUGUCGAGUCUGGGUACGACAGGGACAACUGGUACGUCAUUGUGCGCAAGGGGCACGAGUAGCUGUGUUCCUUUACUCUCUUUGUCUUCUCAGGUGCAGUGCAGUGCAGCCAUAACAUAUAGACCGAUAUUAUGCUCGAACAAGUAUCUUAAUAAAAGUGAACAAACUAUUUAAAAAGCU